GUCACCAGUGGCAGUUGAAAUGCACCGCUCAAUCAAUUGAAUACCCAAGGGGUACAACAGUACAUAUGGUACCUAAGCUCGGGGCAUCGGGCCCAAGCCAUAAUUGGACGAGAUUUGAAGUCCCAAGGUUGGCAAGGUUGGCUGGUACAACCAAAUUAAUGCCAAGCCACUCCUUGUCCCAUUCUACUUGAUUUCCUUACUCGAGCUGCUUCGUCAUCUGCAACCAACUUUCUGAUCUUUUUCUUUAACAACAACCUACAAACAUUAUCGUCGAAGAAGCACAUCUUGGUCCACUUGGACCUAUGUAUCUUUGCACUUAGCGACUUAAUUCUCCAUACUCAUACUUGAUUUGCUUUUGCUUUUUCUUUCUUUUUCUUCAUACUCUGAUUUGCUGUCGCCAUGUAUUCCAACUCCAAUUCGUUCAUGGGCGGCAAUAGUUUUCGUCCUGGUCAACAGCAAUAUGGCAAUACUUACGGGAUGGGGGCCGGUGUUCCAGGUCAACAGCCUCAACCUCAACAGCCUCCUCCAGGACAGCAGCAGCCAGGCCCCUUCGUACCACAGCCGACAGGUUUCGGUCAAGCUCCCCUCCAGCAGCAGUAUACAGGCUACCCAGGUGCUCAGAAUCUACAACCACAGCAAACCGGUAUGCCGCAACAUAACCCAGCACUCGUAAAUCUCCAAUCCCAGAUGACUGGGUUCCCAGGCCAAGCCCCUCCACAGCAGAGCUAUCAGACAGGCGCUCCUCCUCCAGUGCCACAAAUCCCCUCACAAUUCCAGAGUCAAUACAAUCAGCAGCAGUCGCAAAACUCCUUUUUGUCGCCAAAUACGCAAGCCCCCCCUGCUUCUGCGCCGGCUCCAGCACCGGCUCAACCAAUCCAGGCUCAGCCAACAGGCUUCAGCGCAAUGGCUGCUUCUUUCAAGACUGGCGGUGCUGAAACUCAACCUACAGGGCGAAGGGCACAAAAGCCUACAAACAAGAUCCCGAACAUCCGCUUAUCCUUCAUUACGGCCCAAGAUCAGUCCAAGUUCGAGACGUUGUUUAAGUCGGCUGUUGGUGAUGGAAUGACAAUGUCUGGAGAGAAGGCUCGGGAUUUGCUAUUAAGAUCAAGAUUGGAUGGGGAUUCGUUGUCGCAUAUCUGGACACUCGCGGACACCACUCGAUCAGGCGAGUUGCACUUCCCAGAAUUUGCAUUAGCCAUGUAUCUCUGCAAUUUGAAGAUGGUAGGCAAAACUCUUCCUGGAGGUCUGCCAGAGAAUAUCAAGAACGAAGUUUCGAGCAUGGUCGAUAUCAUCAACUUCAGUAUCGCAGAAGAAGCCGGAAGCUCCGCGAAUGCUCCCAACACAGCGGAUUUCACUAGACAGAGUACUGCGACUCCACCGACGAUACAACAUCCCCAACCUGUACAAUCCAACUCCCAGCUGCUACAGGCGCAGUUAACUGGGUUUCCCGGCCAAGCAAUGCAGCCUCAACCGACUGGAUUUCCCGUAGGUAUGAUCAACUCACAACCAACUGGAUACAAUGGGCCAAGACCGCCCAUGCCACCCAUGCCUACGGGCUUCCCUGGAGGAUUGUCACCCGCAGGCAUGGCUCCUCUCAAUGCGCAGCCGACCGGACAACCUGGACAAUGGGGUCUCGUAAAUGCUCCUGCAACUGGGCUUCCUAACAUUGACGCACUACACGCCCGAAUGAUGCCGCAAGCAGGUCGCGAGCAACAGAAUUACACUACCGCUGGGUUAUCUGGCAACGCGGUGAUUCCCUGGGCUAUCACAAAGGACGAGAAGACUCGGUAUGAUCAACUGUUCCGAGCGUGGGAUGGCCUAGGCAAAGGCUUUAUUAUGGGAGACCAGGCCAUCGAAAUCUUUGGCCAGAGCGGUCUUGAGAAAAUUGACCUCGAGCGAAUUUGGACACUUGCAGACAACGGAAAUAAGGGAAAGCUUAACUUGGAUGAGUUUGCGGUAGCUAUGCAUCUCAUUUACAGAAAGCUAAACGGCUAUCCUGUUCCCAAUGUUCUCCCUCCCGAGCUCGUUCCGCCCUCCACUCGCAAUUUCACCGAGUCCCUCGGCACGAUUAAGUCCAUGUUAAACCAGGAGUCGGAUUUCCGCAAGACGUCAGGGGCUUCAUUGCUUCCUCAAAAGACAGGUGUUAGCUACCUAAAGAGUCAUUCGUUCAGGGGUACCGCCGCAGGAAGGAAAGAUGCGACCGUAUUCAAGAAUAACGACGAUGACGUUGGAUACAGAUCGAGUGCGCGACGCAGGAUCGGUAACCAUUCGCCUCGGCCAGAAUCUCCGUCGUCCGUGACAUCCAAUGACGAGCUUUCUCUCGACCAGUUGAGAAAGAAGAUUCGUGAAAAGCAGGUUCUCCUAGAUGCAAUGGACUUCAAGGACGAAGCGGCCAACGAAGAGGAUGAUAUUCUUGAUAGGCGCGAUCGCCGGGAAGCUGAAGAGCUUUAUCGUCGCAUUAGACGCAUACAAGAUGAUAUCGACGCGCACCCGGAUGCGGCUCUUGCAAGCGGCGAUUCCGACGCCGAAAGGAGAGCUCUAAAGCGCCAGCUACAAAAUCUGACUGAUAAAAUCCCAGAACUAGCUUCUCAAGUUAGAAAAACCGAAAAGGCCAUUGCCGACGCGAAACUUGAACUUUUCCGACUCAGAGAUGCCAAGGCUCAUCCUGGUAGCGCCUCGAACAUUAUCGGUACCGGGCCAGGUGGUUCAAUCACCGAAUCCGACCGCCUCAAGGCUAGGGCUAAAGCUAUGAUGCAGCAAAGGACCGCUGCACUUACAGGCAAGAAGGUGGACAUCGGUAACGACGACGACGACGCACAGAAGCGAAUGGAAGAAGAGAACCUCAAGAUACGAACUGAGAAAGAGAACAAUGAGCGCAUGGUUCGUGACGUGGAAGACAGCGUCCGCGAGUUCUCGCGGGGUAUCGAAGAUAACCUCAAGGAAGGUAGCCAAACUUCAGCCAACGAACACGAAAAAAGGAGAUGGGAAGAUGCUCUUGGUGUUGAAGAUGAGGUUCGGGAUUUUAUCUUCGACUUGCAGCGUUCGAGUCGGGCGACCCGGAUCAGAGCACAGGACCGCCAAGGCGGGCGAGCGUCCACAGCCGAACCUGUGAAAGCAGAGGCUCCCCCAGUUCGGGUUGAUAGUCCCUCGGCAACUCGUACUGCAACGCCUCCAGUCAGCCGGUCCCCCGCGCCUGGCGGCGGGUCAUACGCAUCAUAUAAAACUCCUGAAGAGAGAGCAGCGUUCAUCAAGCAACAGGCUGAACAACGUAUGGCUGAACGUCUAGCGGCUCUUGGGAUUAAGACACCCUCUAAGCCUGGAGAGACUGCCGCCCAGCGAGUGGAACGCGAAAAAGCAGAAAGGGCGGCUAAACUCCGCCAAGCUGAAGAGGAAGAUGCACGACGCGAAGCUGAGCGACAGGCGCGCAUUGCUGAGGAGCAAGGUGUUCCUCCUCCUGUAGCCAAGAAACCACCUCCACCACCUUCCAGGAAGGGUGCCAAGAAUGAAGAUGCCCGGAAAGCUGAUGAAGAAGGAGAUGCUAAGAAGGCCGAAGAAGAGCGCCUAUCGAAAGAGCACGAGGCACAACAGCGGGCGACCCAACAGAUGGAAGAUGAGGCCAGACAACAGGAAGAUGAACUUGCUCAGGAGCGUAAUGCUGCAUCUGCGCGUCUCAAGGCCUUGGAAGAACAAGUGCGCCAAGGCAAGCUCAAGAAAGAAGAGGAGAAAAAGAAGAAGAAGGCUGCUGUAGCCGAAGCAAAGGAGAAGGAGGCGAAAUUGGCUGCUCAACGAGCUGAGAUUGAAGCUGCUCGCCAACGAGAACUCGAGCUUCAGCGACAACUGGCAGCCAUGGAGGACGAAGAUUCCUCGGAUGAUGAUGAAGGGCCACAGCAAAUCACUCCUCAGGCAUCCACUCCCACUAUUGGUAGCAGUCAGCUAGGUAGCCAGGAGCUAGAGCGGAAGGCCACGCCGCCACCCCCUGCCCCUGCAGUCUCCGUGGUGUCUCCUCCUGCCAUCGCCAGUCCGCCAUCCGAGACGGAGAGCCGCAACCCCUACCGCCGUAUGCUAUCACAGUCUUCAGAGCCUUCGGUAUCUUCGCCUCCUGCUCCGCCAACUGCUCCCACUCCGUCCGCACCACCGCCUCCCCAACCAGAGGUUUCUACGAACCCCUUCUUCCGUAUAACCCAGGAAUCUAAAGCGCCCCCAGCUUCUAGAAAGCGACCCGACACGGACGACGAAUGGGGUUCCGGAAAUGAAGAAGACUCGGACUCGGACUCGGACGAUGACCGCCCUGCUGCUGGUGCUGCGCAGUUGGCAUCGCUACUCUUUGGUUCCAUGGGACCCCCUCGACCUCUAUCAGCCGCAGGGGACAAAUCUACUGUCGCAUCACCAGCUGUGUCUUCCGCUCCAUUUAGCCCUCCCCCUGUUGCGCCAAUUGGAGAAGCAGCUGGAUCUCCAGCAGCUCCCCCGCCACCCCCGCCAAUGCCAGAAGGAAGCGCGAUCAGCGGUGCGCCGCCGCCGCCGCCGCCUCCAAUGCCAGGCUUCGGAGCUCCAGGAGGACCCCCUCCUCCUCCACCGCCGAUCCCUGGUCUAGCUCCCCCUCCGCCACCACCGCCACCGGCUGGAGGUGAUAUGCCACCUGCUCCAUCUGGCGGUGGCAAGCCGUCCGGAUUCCUAAGCGAGAUCCACAUGGGCAAGGCUUUGAAGAAGACGCAGACGAAGGACAAGAGCGCUGCAAGUGUGGCGGGCCGAGUCUUGGAUUAGGGUAAGAGAAUUAAGCGGCCCUUCACUAAAGACGCUACCUGAAAUCACGAUCACGCACACGUUGUAGAGUUGGGGAUGGGGUUGAUUAGAUUGUAUGAUUGAGUGUUAUCUUAUACGCAAGAUGUCUUCCAUUGGCUUGUAGCCUUAGCUUGCAGCACAUUACCAUCAACUCUGCUUACGAGUAUGGGUAGAAAGAUCGAUUUCGCAUGUUGAAUAAUAGUAUAUUGAAUAACAGUAUACUCUUUGUAACCUGUAGCCAGUGCGUUUUGAUUCUACAAUGCUACGAGAAUUAUUCGGACACGAGAUGUGUUCUAUUUAUAGGAUACUCAUUACCCCCUAAACAGGUAGGUAUCUACCUACAUAAUACAUUAUCACUUG